ACCAACAAAACAUUAAACAGCUGAUUCUCGAUAAAACUCAACAUAAAACGUGAUUGACUACCUAAAACGUGAAGAAAUCACCUGGGUGGACUCGCUAUUCGAUGCAUCCUUUGCCGGCAACGUUCGUGGAAGGAUUUCACGAUGAGGCAGAAGUCCGGCGGAUGGAAUAUCGCCCUUUCGGAAAUACGGGACUAGCCGUUUCCAAAGUUUCCCUCGGCUGCGGCACUCUCAGUCAACUGUACGGCAAUUUGGAUGAAGCGGAAGCAAUCCAAGCAGUCCAGCUGGCUGUCCGUCGCGGUAUUAACUACAUCGAUACGGCCCCGUUUUACGGUCAGGGACGCUCGGAGGAAGUCCUAGGCCGCGCACUGAAAGGCAUUCCACGGCAGGCGUAUUAUGUGGCCACGAAAGUGACACGCUACGAGCGGGACAUUGAACGCAUGUUCGAUUACAGCGCUCGCAAGACACGCGAAAGCAUAGAACGUAGCCUGCAGCUGCUCGGAGUGGAUUGCAUCGAUGUGGUGCAGAUACACGACAUCGAGUUUGCGCCCAAUCUGGACCAGGUGCUACAGGAAACGUUACCCACUCUAGAGGCCCUGCGCCAGGAGGGCAAGCUACGGUUCAUCGGUGUAUCAGCCUACCCGAUGGAGAUUUUGCGGGAAGCGAUAACCCGUGCACCGGGGCGCUUCGAUACGGUCCUCUGCUACAGCCGCAACACACUGUUCGACCAAUCGCUCGCGCGCGAUUAUUUGACAUUCUUUCUGCAACAAAAACUCGCCAUUAUCUGUGCGUCGGGUCACGGAAUGGGUCUGCUGACGAAUGCUGGUCCCCAACCAUGGCACCCGGCUCAUGAACACACGAAAGCCGUCUGCCGGGAGGCGGCAGAAUACUGCAGCCGGCGUGGCAUCGAGCUAGGCAAACUGGCCAUGUACCACUUUCUGCAACUGCCCGGUCCGGCCACCUUUCUCAGUGGAAUGCAGACGCAGCGUUUGGUCACCAUCAAUCUGGAAGCGCACAGCCAGGGACUUUCGACCGAAGAAGCCGACGUGUUGGCUCAUCUGAAGGAAAGCGUUUUCCCCAAAAUUGUGCACCCGCACUGGGAGGGCAUCGAGGUGGAACAGUACAGGGCGGCCAUGAAGGCAUCGAAAGUAUGAUGGUUUGUGUCGGGCCGAGGCAUUUAUUUUUCCACUAACCAUUUGUUGAUUUUAAUAAAGCAAAAGUACAAUGCCUCUCUUGAGGACACAACGCUACUUGUUAUCAUCUUUGCUUUACGUCGCUGUUAUCAGUAGAGCCGGACACGGUUGUCAACCAAACCAACCAACCAUCAGGGAAG